AUGUUAUAUCACCAUAAAGAACAACAUGAUCAGAAGAAACGUCAGCGUCCAAGAGACAUGUCCUUGGCUGAGCCACCACACACCAUGGAGAUAGCCCAGAUUCUGAUGUCGCUGUUGCACGCCUGGGGACUGGAUCCAGACCUCGAUAGGGUCUGCGAAUCAAAACUUGGACUGCUGAGGCCCAUGGUGCCGGUAUGUUUCGGUGUGGUCUCCCGUCAUGGACACAUGGCUGUCCAGCUGCCAAGUUGUCUUGGAGCCUGGAUUGACUCCUUUGCUCAUAUGCCAGUCGACCAUAUGCUGUUGAGUUCAAACCUUCCGCCGGAGCUGGUUGCGCAGGAGAAGUUGACUAGGCUUUUCAGCUCGAAGCUACACUGGGAACUGAGCACAACAUUGACGACGAAUCAUCUUUUGUCUAUUGUCGCGUUGGCGAACACUCUCAUGUCUAUGAGUAAUGCCAGUUUUGUGCCGGAACAGGAAGUUGCCAGACGAAUGCACAGACCCACAACCCGUACACCAUCGUGGGGUGGUGACGAGGAAAGAGAGGAACAGAUCGCAGCCCAACAAGCUCACAUCAAGCAGGGCUGGUCUCUCUUGGCCACGCUGCACUGUGUGCUUUUGCCGGACAAAGUGGUGGCUGCAGGUGCAAAGAACUUUAAGAGGCCCCAAGUGGAGAUGCUAGCACGCAGAUGGCAGCACCAUUGCCUCGAAGUUCGUGAUGCUGCUCAAGCGCUGCUGCUCGCCGAACUUGCUAGGUUGGGACCAAAAGGCCGUAAAGCGUUGGUUGACAAUUGGUCCCAAUAUUUACCCUUAUACACACAUACGGAAAGCAUAAAUCCGCAAGCGGCCCAGAAGGAACCAGCUGAGAAGAUUGUUAAAGACCCAGAAGAAGAGUUCGAAGAGGAAGAAGAGGAGAUUGUGCGUAAGCCAUCUUCUAUCGCAGAACUGAAGAGGAAGCAGACAACCGCAGUUGUUCUUUUGGGAGUUAUCGGUGCCGAGUUCGGACAGGAUAUUACCAGCGAAGGUGCAGGCAACAAGAGACGCAAAGAUGGUGACAGCAGAAAGAGUUCCAUUGUUGAAGGGUUCACAUUAAGCGCUUCGAAUAACCUGGCGCGCUUGACAGCGUUGGCAUUGACGCACCUGCUCCUUGCGCCCGGAUCCGCUCGUCUCCCCGCCCAUACGCCCUUGCGACGCGCAGCCGUCGACCUCUUGGGGCGGGGCUUCGCUGUAUGGGAGCCGUAUUUGGACGUUAGCCAUGUGCUGUUGGGUCUUCUGGAAAUGUGCUCGGACGCUGAUAAGCUGGUCCCGUCUAUGACGUAUGGUCUUCCUCUGACAGCUCAGGCCGACUCUUGCCGUACUGCGAGGCACGCCCUCACUCUCAUCGCUACUGCUCGCCCAGCAGCCUUCAUUACCACGAUGGCUCGCGAGGUUGCCCGCUGCGCCUCGGCCCCCUCCGGUGCUCCGCCUCCGGCUGCUGCCCUGGCGCUGCAGAGGGGCAGGGCUGAGGUGCUCAGGGGUAUUGAACUGCUCAUUGACCGGAUGCAUCAUGAGGUGGCACCGCUCUUGGUCGAGGUAAUGGAUAUAAUCUUACACUGCGUGGACCAGUCUCAUUUGAAGAGCAAAGGGCUCAACGAAGUGUUUCCAGCAAUAUGUCGAUACAACCAGGUCUCGCAUUGCCCUGCUACCAGGCGGAUUGCAGUGGGUAGCCACACGGGUCAACUCGCGAUAUACGAGUUGCGGGCGGGUAGAUGCCAGUCGCUGGCAGCCCACACUGGCCCUGUUACGGCCUGUGCCUUUAGCCCAGACGGGAGGUAUCUGGUUUCCUAUGCCACGUCUGACAAUAGGCUGUCUUUCUGGCAGACCAGCGCUGGUAUGUUUGGUUUGGGAGCGGCUCAAACGCGUUGCGUAAAAUGUUAUAGUACAGCGCCAAUGGCGGACGUGACUCGGCUGAAUCCGGCUAGAUUGGCUCGUCUCGUUUGGAGCUCAUCACGGUCUGUUACACUGAUGCUGGCUGACGGAUCCGAAACACGAUUCAAUAUUUAA